GUGUUCUUUAUUAAUAUCCUAACACUCCUCGUCCCCAUUCUAAUCGCCAUAGCCUUCCUAACAUUAGUAGAACGCAAAAUCUUAGGGUACAUACAACUACGAAAAGGCCCUAACAUUGUUGGUCCAUACGGCAUUUUACAACCAUUUGCAGACGCCAUAAAAUUAUUUAUAAAAGAACCAAUACGCCCUUUAACAACCUCUAUAUCCUUAUUUAUUAUUGCACCUACCCUAUCACUCACACUAGCAUUAAGUCUAUGAGUUCCCCUACCAAUACCACACCCAUUAAUUAAUUUAAACCUAGGGAUUUUAUUUAUUUUAGCAACAUCUAGCCUAUCAGUUUACUCCAUUCUAUGAUCAGGAUGAGCCUCAAACUCCAAAUACUCACUAUUCGGAGCUUUACGAGCCGUAGCCCAAACAAUUUCAUAUGAAGUAACCAUAGCUAUUAUCCUUUUAUCAGUUCUAUUAAUAAAUGGAUCCUACUCUCUACAAACACUUAUUACAACCCAAGAACACAUAUGAUUACUUCUGCCAGCCUGACCCAUAGCCAUAAUAUGAUUUAUCUCAACCCUAGCAGAAACAAACCGGGCCCCCUUCGACCUGACAGAAGGAGAAUCAGAAUUAGUAUCAGGGUUUAACGUAGAAUACGCAGCCGGCCCAUUCGCGUUAUUCUUUAUAGCAGAGUACACUAACAUUAUUCUAAUAAACGCCCUAACAACUAUUAUCUUCCUAGGACCCCUAUACUAUAUCAAUUUACCAGAACUCUACUCAACUAACUUCAUAAUAGAAGCUCUACUACUAUCAUCAACAUUCCUAUGGAUCCGAGCAUCUUAUCCACGCUUCCGUUACGAUCAACUUAUACAUCUUCUAUGAAAAAACUUUCUACCCCUAACACUAGCAUUAUGUAUGUGACAUAUUUCUUUACCAAUUUUUACAGCGGGAGUACCACCAUACAUAUAG